AAAUAAAUGAAAAGUCAAAUUUUUACUCAUCGAGUGAGUUUAAAGGGGGAAAAGAAACUGAUGAAAGGGAAAACUGAAUAAAAAAUUGAUAGAGUUCAAUUAAAAAAAAGGGGGAAAUCAAUUUAAUUUCUUCUCUCUCCUAAUCAUUUUCAUCUCACCAGAGUUUUUUUCAUCUUAAAAUCAUCCUUACUAUUGAAGAAUAAUAUUUGGUUCCCUCUUAUUUGCUCCCGUAAUUAUCAUCGUCAUAUCUCUCUCUUUACAUCAUCUUCUUUCUUUCUCAUCUUUCUUCCUCUGUCUUCAUUCUCCCUUGAUUUCUUUCCCUGCAUUUUCUUCUCUCUCUCUUUAUCUUUCGGCGUCUGCUUGCUUUUUUUGUCUAUCUUUUUCUCUUUCUUUUCUUUCUUUCUUUUCUCUUUCUUGUUCAUCUCUCUCUUUCUCUCACCUUGUGGUCAUCUCUUUUUUUCACCAUCGUUGGUAUUUAAAGGACCAUCUAAUUAAUUUAAUCACAAUUAGAUUUUUGUCUUUUCAAAUCAUCCUCUGUUUCUUGUUCCUUGUAAUUCUCUUUAAUUCAAUAUCUUUUUCUCUCUCUGUUUUACUCUGUCUACCUUUUUUGCUCUUUAUUCUACUCUUUCGACCGUCUGUCAGUCAUUCUUUGUCUUUCCCUUUGCUUAAUUGACUGUGUGACUGAUCUGUCUUUUUGAGUGUUUCAAAGAAAAAUUUACCGUCAGAGAAAAGAUUUUGGAUUUCGUUUUUUUGUACCUGUUAAUGUAAUUUAAAUAUUACUGUUUAUUUUCUAUUGACAUUCAGUUCAUCAGUAAAAUUUAUUUAUCUGCUGCCUGAUAUCGGUUAAUACCUGUUUCUCAUCUCGUAAUUUUAUGCCAAUAAUUCAUCGGAAGCUUAAACAGAGUAAAGUCUCACCUAGCCGGUUUAAUUCUAGCAAAUAAAAAUGGCAACACCUUACCUUGGUUCUAAAAUCAGUCUAAUCAGUAAAUCGGAGAUUCGAUAUGAAGGUGUCUUAUACACUAUUGAUACCCGAGAGUCAACAAUUGCUCUUGCACAAGUAAGAUCUUUUGGUACCGAAAAUCGUCAAGCUGAAAAAUAUGUUGCUCCACGAGAGGAAGUAUUUGAAUACAUCAUAUUUAGAGCUAAUGAUAUUAAGGAUCUUAUUGUUGAUGAUCCUCCUCCAGCAAGCAUAACUCAAGCGCUGGGUGAUCCAGCUAUAAUUCAAGCUCAAUCAUCAAUGCCAAGUAGUAGCACCACAUUUACUAAACCUAGUUUAUCAACCGGAGCCCCUUCCAGUGGUUUAAAUGGACCUACUUCACAAAUUACCGUUGGUUCAUCAGCCAUCGCACCACCAACAUCUCGACCAGUUGGAAACAUAACUAAUAUGCCAGUAUUUAACAGUGCUAGUGCCGGAAGUCAAAGCAGUGUAACUAGCGGACCUCCAGCUGCCGGACCAGCUUUUGGUGGAGCUACUGCCUCCACCAUGGGUUUCCGCUCAGGUGGUUCAUCUCCAACAACUGGACAUCGACGCAGUCCUGGUUCAGAUUCUGGUCCUCCUAAAAGUCAAAUGAAUCGAGAUGAUAAAGCUCCUAAAAACCAUGUACCAAAUAAUAGAGAUCCAAGGAUUCAAAAUUACCGGGACAAUUAUCGAGUGAGUGGAAUGGGAGGUGAUCGACGACAAGGUCCUCCUCAAUAUGGACGAAGAAUGUUACCUGGGCAAGAAAUGCCUCCACAAAUAGCUCGUAAUAUGAAUUUCCGAGGUAGAGGUAGACAAGGUCCACCACCACCUCCCCAAAUGAUGCCUAAAAGGGGCCCAAUGAUGGGACGUGCUCCACCUCAACCCAGACCUCAAUUUAACCGCGCAAUUGCUGUUCAAAAUCGUAAUCCAAAGCCUACAACUUCUUUAAAGAUUGAAGAUGAUUUUGACUUUGAAAAGGCCAACAAAGAAUUUGAAGAAUUAGAGAGUAAAUUGUCUAAGGUAAAAUUAGAAGACACGAAUGAAAAGAAAGAAGGUGAACCAGCCCAACCAAUCCAACCUGUUGAAAACACCGAUGAAAAAUCUGCUAAAGAAGGAGAUGAAAAGAACGAAGACGAAGAUACAUUUUAUGACAAGACUAAAUCUUUCUUCGAUAAAAUAAGUUGUGAAGCAUUAGAAAGAAGUAAAGGAAAAGUAAGCAGAAUAGACUGGAGGCAAGAACGUAAAAUGAAUGCGGAAACAUUCGGUUUAACGGCAAACAACUUUAGAAGAGGUGGAUAUCGGGGCCGAGGAGGCUUCCAAGGAGGAUUUUCCGGCUACUCAAGACAGAAUUAUAACAACGGUAACCGUAAUUUUAACCAAAGGUUAGGCGGUCGUAAUAGUUAUGGUUCUGGUUCAAAUGAUCGACGAGUAAAUCAACCCCGUGAGGUAUCCUGGUAAAAUUUGGUUACAUUGAUGUGUUUAUGUUCAGACAACCUUUAAACGAAAUGAACUGAUAAAAUCACAGGAGAAAGAAUUUGGAUUCACAUGUUUUCGCCCCUUAAGGACUUCUUACAAAUUUAAUCAACAGCAGCAACAUUUAAACAUAAACCACGAAAUUCAAAGAAAUUAAAGACAAGUAUAUCAGGAAUGAAAAGCAAAUGAUUUAAAAAUCCAGCUAUUAAAGCAAACUACACAUUAUUUGUGCUCUCCAUAAAAAUUUUGAAAAUGAAAAUAGAUCGAGUUUGCAAAAAUUAACAAAGUGACAAGUAUAUAUAAGUAUGUAUGUGAAAAAGAAACAAUUGUCAUUUUUCCCAAUUGAAAUCCCUCUUAAAUCAAUUGAGAGCACUGAGUUUAAAACAAAAAUUUGAGUUAAUACAGAACAAAACAAAUUUUCAAAUUGUAAAUGAUUAAUUAUCGCAAAAAAACUCAGACUUAACCAAAAGGACUUGUGCAUCUUAACAAAGAAAAAAUGAUUUAAAUUAUAAUAGCACAAAUUGAUUUAAAUAGUAAAAAACAAUUACAAAGAUAAAACUUAAUCUAAGAGGGAUAAACUCAAGUUGAAUUAUAAGAAAAUAAAUUUUUGGUAAUUAAAAGCUGCACAUUGAAAUUGA